UGUAGGCUGAAGCUAGCAGGAGCCAUGAAAGGCAUCCAUCUGCUCCUGCUGGCCGUGCUGCUGUGCUCCCAGCAAGCCCUGAGCCUGCAGUGCUACAACUGCACUGAAGAACAGGACGUCAGCAAGUGCCAGACCACCAUCUCAUGUGACUCCACACCGAGCAUCUGCUAUAAGGGUGGCAGGACCUUGACCAAGACCAGUGGGCAGGUGGUCAAGUUACAUUCUAAGGGUUGUGGCUCUUCCUGCGAUGACGUUUCUGACAUGAUGGAGCAGCUGGUGGAGAAGAUGGUUUCAGAGGACAGGUCUAAGUUAGAACUGUGGGCUCCGGACUGCUGUGGAAAGGACCUCUGCAACAGGGUGGCCCAGGUGGGGCGCAGCCUGGGGAUCCUGGCCGGGGGGCUCCUGCUCAGCCUGGGGCCUGCCCUCCUCUGGGCCCUGCUGUGAGGACCCUUGGAACCCAGACACCAAGGAGGCUCGCAGUUCCUGGUGGCCUGCACAGCAGCUCCCACCUCAAGCUCGCUCACAUGCACACACAUGUGUGUACACUCACACACCUCACACACAUGACCAUGCACACGUGUACACACAGCACAUGCAGGCACACGUGUGCACAUACUUUCAGGCACAUGUGCUCACACACAUGCACACAUUGCUAAGACCUGUGAGUUCUCACAAACAGGCUAUGCUUGGACUCCACCUCCUGCUACACCUGGGACCCAGAGGCCCAGGGAAGGAGGUGGGCAGCAUCCACCCUCGGGUGACCCACGGCCACUCCUGCCCUCCCACCUGGCCAGCCCCAGCCUCAGGUGCCCAGUGCCCUGCUAUGCCAACAGGCCUGUCACACUUUGCAAACACCAUCAAUCAACCACAGACUCAAGAUGCAGAGACUGCCGAGCCCCGGCUGGACAGGGGCUGCUAGGAGAGCGGAGCCCACAGCCCCUCCAGCGGGUCCUCUGCAGAGCGCCCACGGCAGUCAGUAGACAAUAAAUGCUCUUCAGCCCCCUCCUGUUCUUCACAUGCCAUUCAGCCCCACGGUGGGGAGGUCGGGGGGAGUGUGUGUGGGGGUCUCUGCCACCUGCUGCAGCCCGGUGCUCCCUCGGCCACGAGCUCUGAUGGCCAGGGGGCUAGGGGCAGGGGCAGACCCUGGAGGGGCCAGCAUCGCACACCAGG